AUGCUGGGGAUUCUUUGCCUAGUCUCAUGUGUAUUGCUAAUGCCCUCGAGGGCUGAUCCAGGGGCCCUGCUGAAGCUGGGAAUGGAGUUCAUGAACAAAGCUGUGAAGGAUGCCAUGGCUGAGAGCCAGAUAUUGGAAAAAAUGGCAGCCAUGGCUAGCCAGAAGCAGCCUGGGGUCAAGCCAAUUAAGGGCAUGACAGGGAUGAAGGUAAAAGAAGUCACACCUCCUAUCAUCACACUGGACUUUCUGCCAGGGGUGGGAAUUUUCCAGUGUGUGUCUACCAGGAUCACCAUCACAGGGAAGAGCUUUAUAGGUGGGACAAUGGAAAUCAUUGUGGUCGUGAACAUCACGGCCACUAACCGGCUGCAGCAGGAUGAGGCCACAGGGCUGCCCAUGUUCCAGAGUGAAGGAUGUCAGAUCAUUCUGGUCAGCGUCAAAACCAACCUGCCCAGCAACAUGCUUCCUAAAGUGGUCAACAAGUUCCUGGACAGCACCCUCCAGAAGAUUCUCCCUGGCAUGAUGUGUCCUGCAAUCGAUACCGUCCUUGAAUAUGUGAACCAGAAGUGGACUCACCUCAUGGACCCCAUGCCCGUGGGUGAAGCUGGAAGCAUCAAGUACAUCCUUACAGGCGCCCCAACCACCACAGCAAGCUACAUAGAAGUGGACUUCAACCCUGUAGUCCAGAGAGAAGAGGGUGAUACCAUUGAUCUGCCUGAAGAUGGAGCUGCCAUCACAGUCCCAGAGGACUACCCAGAUGGCUCAUCCCAGCUGGUGCUCUCUGCAGCAUUCUUCUCUGCUGAGUUCACCCUCUUACAGAAAUCUUUUGAUGUGGAUAUCAAGGGCAAAACUAUUGGGAAGCUCCCCCCACAUACGACCAAAACACUAGCUCGCCUGGUGCCUCGGGUUCAUAAGGCCUAUCGCAAAUCAGUGCCUUUGAUGACUCAAAUCAGAAUCAGUAAGCCCCCCAAAGUCAUCAUGAAGCCAGGCAAGGGCCAGCUGCACCUCCAUGGUACAAUAGAGAUGUUCGCUGUUCCUCCCAAGUCAGGUCCUUCCUCCAUGUUUGUUCUAGAAACUCACUUCAGCCUGGACAUUCAGUACUCAUUGAGUGAAGACAAGGUGCACAUGGUCACAUCCAUGGACAAAUUUCUGGAUCUUUCUGUGGAAUCUUCUUCCAUUGGAUCCGUUAAGGAGAAAAAGCUGAAACAAUUUUUAACUAGUUUACUUCAAGUGGCUUAUGUACCAGUCAUCAAUGGCGCUCUUGAAGUCGGGUUCCCUCUUCCGGACUUCCUGGGCACGAAGUAUGACCAAUCAGAGCUGGCCAUUGCUGAGAAUGCCCUGGUGGUAGACCUGCGGACACCCUAG